UGUCAGUCUCGCGCGCGCUCUCUCUUUACCUUCUAACUAUGGAUUAUAUACUCGAAGAUUCGUCACAAGAACGUGAAAAAGUGAUCAAUGAAGAAUACAAGUUAUGGAAAAAGAAUUCACCCUUUCUAUAUGAUCUGGUCAUGACAAAAGCUCUAGAUUGGCCAAGUCUCACUUGUCAAUGGCUUCCUGAUGUAGAAGUGCGACCGGAAAAGAAUUAUCAAAUUCAACGGAUGAUACUCGGUACACAUACUAAUGACGAAGAACCCAAUUAUUUGCAAAUAGCUGAAGCACAAUUACCUAUUGAAGGAAAAGAAUUGGAUACAAGGAAAUAUGAAGAAUUUACAAAUGAAAUAGGAGGGUAUGGUGGAUACAAUGAUGCACAUAUUAAGAUCACACAAAAAAUUGUCCAUGAAGGGGAAAUCAAUCGAGCAAGAUACCAAUACGAUAAUCCAAACAUUAUAGCAACGAAAUCAAGAACAGGCGACGUAUAUAUAUUUGAUAGAACAACACAUGAAUCAUUUCCACGGGAAAAUGAACCUUUUCGUCCAGAUCUGAUACUCAAAGGACAUGAUAUGGAAGGAUAUGGUUUGGCUUGGAAUCCACAUAAGAGUUAUUCCAAUCAUCUCCUUAGUGCUGGGUUUGAUAAAAAGAUUUGCCAAUGGGAUAUUGCUGCUGCUUCCAAAGAACAUCGGGUAUUAGCACCUUUAAGAAUUUAUUAUGGACAUGAAUCAUCAGUAGAGGAUGUAGCAUGGCAUAUGGGUCAAGAUACUUUAUUCGCAUCAGUGGGUGAUGAUAAAAAAUUGAUGAUUUGGGAUACUCGUAGCAACAAGGAUACACCAGUACAUCAUAUCCAUGCACAUGAUGCAGAAGUCAACUGUGUAGAGUUCAAUAGUGGAAAUGAAUGGAUUUUGGCCACUGGAUCAGGUGAUAAGACUGCUGUUUUAUGGGAUCUACGUAAUAUGGAUCAUAAACUACAUACAUUGAAAGGCCAUCAACAAGAAAUCUUUCAAUUAUCAUGGUCACCUCAUUAUGAAACAAUUUUAGCCACAGCCGGAAGUGAUCGACGUGUCAUGGUAUGGGAUACAGCAAGAAUUGGUGAUUCUGAUGAAUCUAUGGAAGGACCUCCUGAACUUUUGUUUAUGCACGGAGGUCAUACAAACAAAAUCUCUGAUUUUAGUUGGAACCCUGCGGAACCUUGGGUAAUAGCAAGUACAGCAGAAGACAAUAUAGUUCAAGUAUGGCAAUUGGCAAGCAGUAUCUAUGGACAAGAUGAUACCAAAGAAGAAGAAGAAGACAAUAGAAUGAUAGAAUGAUAUUUAGUUUUGAUUUGUGUUGUUAGUUUUUUUUUUUUGUCCCCCAAAUAAAAUAAAUAAAAGAUCCCAUGAUUUGAU